CGACACAAACCAACUAAAUAUGACAGCAAAACAACACGACGUGGGCGUGAACCUGCAGACAGCAGUCACACUUCCAACAGAAACAUCACAAUAAACCAAUCUAACUGUGCAGUUCCACGUCGACCGAGAGUGGCCCUGUGUCCUCUCAGUUGGUCGGUAGAUGUCCACCCCCUCAGACACAUCAGGAGGCAUGUCCCAUCCUGGCCCGUCUCCUGGGGCGGGUCUGUCUCCGGGGCCCAUCUUGGGCCCCAGCCCAGGUCCAGACCCUUCACCGGGGUCCGUUCACAGCAUGAUGGGGCCCAGCCCGGGACCUGGAACACCCAACACUCCUCACGGCAUGCAGGGCCCGGGACAGAGCGAGUACUCUCAGGAUGGCAUGUAUCCUCUGCACAAGCCCAUGGAGGGCAUGAACGACAAGGCGAUGGCAGAGGCCAUGCAUUUUGGCCACAUGAAAGGUGUUGGGAUGAGAUCCCUCCACAGUGGGAUGGGACCUCCUCAGAGUCCAAUGGACCAGCACAGCCAAGGAUACAUGUCUCCGCACCCAUCCCCCAUGGGAGUCCACGAGCAUGCGUCUAGUCCCAUGUCAGGAGGUGGAGGUGGACCCACUCCCCCCCACAUGCCUCCCUCUCAGUCGGGCCCCUUGAUGCCCAUGGAUCCUCAAGGAGGCAUGGCCAACAUGUCCAGCAUGGGCCAGCAGGGACGAGGGCCGUCCGCCUUCAGCCCGGUCCAGCUGCAGCAGCUCAGAGCUCAGAUCCUUGCCUACAAGAUUCUGGCCCGCGGACAGCCGCUGCCUGAAAACCUCCAGCUGGCUAUUCAGGGCAAGAGAAGCCUUCCCACAAUGCAACAGCAGCAACAGCAACAACAGCAGCAGCAGCAACAACAACAACAACAACAGCAGCAACAACAGCCGCCGCAACAACAGCAACAGCAGGUGUCUAAUGCAAGCCCUUACCGGCCUUCAGCUAUGCCAAUGGCACCCAUGGGUGGUCCCCAGUCAAGCCCCUGCCCAACCCCCGCCAUGCAAGGACACAAUCAAAGCACAGCACCCAGGCCGUGGACCGAAGGUCAGAGCGGCGAGAAUCAGGCCAGUGCUCAGAAGCACCUCCCGUCUGUCCCCAGUGGCCGCCCGUCUCCGGCACCGCCUCAGACCUCGGCGGUUCCUCCCGGGCCCAUCUCCGGCGGCUCGGCAGCAGCUCAGCCCCCAGGGCAGCAGGUGUCGCCCAUGCUCCAGAUGCAGCAGAAGCAGAACCGCAUUACACCGGUCCAGAAGCCCCAGGGCUUGGACCCAAUGGGCAUCUUGCAGGAGAGAGAAUACAGAUUGCAGGCUCGGAUUGCUCAUCGAAUCCAGGAACUGGAGAGUCUGCCGGGCUCCUUGACUCCUGACCUGAGGACUAAAGCUACGGUGGAGCUCAAAGCGCUGCGUCUACUCAACUUCCAGCGGCAGCUGAGGCAGGACGUGGUGGCGUGUAUGAGGCGAGACACGACCCUGGAGACAGCCCUCAACUCCAAGGCUUACAGACGCAGCAAACGGCAGACUCUGAGGGAGGCGCGCAUGACGGAGAAGCUGGAGAAGCAGCAGAAGCUCGAGCAGGAAAAGAAACGCAGACAGAAACAUCAGGAAUAUCUCAACAGCAUUCUUCAGCAUGCGAAAGACUUCAAGGAGUACCACCGCUCAGUGUCCGGCAAAAUGCAGAAACUCACCCGCGCCAUUGCCACCUGGCACACCAACACGGAGAGGGAGCAGAAGAAGGAGACGGAGAGAAUCGAAAAGGAGAGGAUGAGGAGACUCAUGGCGGAAGAUGAGGAGGGUUACCGAAAACUCAUCGAUCAAAAGAAGGACAAGCGGCUGGCGUACUUGCUGCAGCAGACAGAUGAAUACGUGGCCAACCUCACUGCUCUGGUGUACGAACACAAAGCUGCUCAGGCUGCCAAGGAAAAGAAGAGAAAGAAGAAGAAAAAGAAGAAGGUGGACGGAGACGGUGAAGGAACCAGCGCCAUCGGACCCGAUGGGGAGCCCAUGGAUGAGAGCAGCCAGAUGAGCGAGCUGCCAGUCAAAGUCAUCCAGACGGAGACUGGAAAAGUGUUGCAGGGAACGGACGCUCCCAAGUCCAGCCAGCUGGAGGCCUGGCUCGAGAUGAACCCCGGGUACGAAGUUGCUCCGCGGUCGGACAGUGAGGAAAGCGGCUCCGAGUUUGAGGAAGAGGAAGAAGAUGAGACGACCAGGACGGAAGCGGAGGAGAAGAAGCUGCUCGACGCCAACGGAGACGAAGUGUAUGAGCGGGCUGCCAAGCACAUCAUCGAGUCGGCCAAACAGGACGUGGACGAUGAGUACAGCGUUCCCACCGGGGAGCCCAGCUCUGCGUCCUACUACGGAGUGGCUCACGCCGUCAUCGAGAGGGUGGAGAAGCAGUCGUCCCUGCUGAUCAACGGCAUGCUCAAGCAUUACCAGAUCCAGGGCCUGGAGUGGAUGGUGUCUCUGUACAACAACAAUCUCAAUGGUAUCCUGGCUGAUGAAAUGGGUCUGGGCAAAACCAUCCAAACCAUCGCUCUCAUCACCUACCUGAUGGAGCUCAAGAGGCUCAACGGACCCUACCUCAUCAUCGUCCCUCUCUCAACUUUGUCGAACUGGGUCUACGAACUCGACAAAUGGGCGCCCUCUGUGGUUAAAAUUCAAUACAAGGGCACACCUGCUCUGCGCCGCGGGCUCGUCCCCCAGCUCCGCAGUGGGAAGUUCAACGUCCUGCUGACAACCUAUGAAUACAUCAUUAAGGACAAGCACAUACUUGCGAAGAUUCGUUGGAAGUACAUGAUCGUGGACGAGGGCCAUCGCAUGAAGAACCACCACUGCAAGCUGACCCAGGUGCUGAACACCCACUACGUGGCCCCCCGCCGCCUCCUGCUGACCGGCACGCCGCUGCAGAACAAGCUGCCCGAGCUGUGGGCGCUGCUCAACUUCCUGCUGCCAACCAUCUUCAAGAGCUGCAGCACCUUCGAGCAGUGGUUUAACGCGCCAUUCGCCAUGACGGGAGAGCGGGUCGAUCUCAACGAGGAGGAGACCAUCCUGAUCAUCCGCCGCUUGCACAAGGUGCUCCGCCCCUUCCUGCUUCGCCGACUGAAGAAGGAGGUGGAGUCUCAGCUGCCAGAGAAGGUGGAGUACGUCGUAAAGUGUGAUAUGUCUGCCAUACAGAAGGUCCUGUACCGCCACAUGCAGAAAGGCAUCCUCUUGACGGACGGAUCAGAGAAAGACAAGAAGGGUAAAGGAGGAGCCAAGACCCUGAUGAACACCAUCAUGCAGCUGAAGAAGAUAUGCAACCAUCCGUACAUGUUCUCGCACAUCGAGGAAUCCUUUGCUGAACACCUGGGUUACCCGAACGGCAUCAUCAGCGGGCCGGAUCUGUAUCGAGCUUCUGGGAAGUUUGAGCUCCUGGAUCGUAUCCUGCCGAAGCUGCACGCCACCAACCACAGAGUGCUGCUCUUCUGCCAGAUGACCACUCUGAUGACCAUCAUGGAGGAUUACUUCGGCUAUCGCAACUUUCAGUAUUUACGUCUGGACGGAACCACCAAGUCAGAGGACAGAGCUGCACUGUUGAAGAAGUUUAACGAGGAAGGGUCUCAGUACUUCAUCUUCCUCCUCAGCACCAGAGCCGGCGGCCUCGGCCUCAACCUGCAGGCUGCUGACACCGUGGUCAUCUUCGACAGCGACUGGAACCCCCACCAGGAUCUCCAGGCCCAGGACCGAGCUCACCGCAUCGGCCAGCAGAACGAGGUGCGCGUGCUUCGUCUCUGCAGCGUCAACAGCGUGGAAGAGAAGAUCCUAGCAGCCGCCAAGUACAAGCUGAACGUGGACCAGAAGGUCAUCCAGGCAGGGAUGUUUGACCAGAAGUCCUCCAGCCACGAGCGCCGGGCCUUCCUUCAGGCCAUCCUGGAGCACGAGGAGCAGAACGAGAGCCACCGGACUACGUCAUCGCCCUCAGAAUGCAUUUCGCAGGAGGAAGAUGAGGUACCUGAUGACGAAACCCUCAACCAGAUGAUAGCCCGCAACGAGGAUGAGUUUGAACUCUUCAUGCGCAUGGACAUGGACCGCCGCAGAGAAGACGCCAGGAACCCGAAGCGAAAGCCUCGUCUGAUGGAGGAGGACGAGCUUCCCUCCUGGAUCAUCAAAGAUGACGCCGAGGUGGAGAGGCUCACCUACGAGGAGGAAGAGGAGAAGAUGUUUGGUAGAGGAUCCCGCUGCCGUCGCGACGUGGACUACAGCGACGCCCUGACCGAGAAACAGUGGCUACGGGCCAUUGAGGAUGGGAAUCUGGAGGAGAUGGAGGAGGAGAUCCGGCUGAAGAAGCGCAAACGCAAGAGACGUCACGACAAAGACUCAUCGAGCCGAGACGAGAGCAGCAGCAGCAAGGCCCGGAAGAGACGCGGACGACCGCCGGUGGAGAAGCUGUCCCCCAACCCCCCCAAGCUCACCAAGCAGAUGAACACCAUCAUAGACACGGUGAUCAACUACAGAGACGGGUCAGCGAGACAGCUGAGUGAAGUCUUCGUCCAGCUCCCGUCCAGGAAAGAACUCCCGGAGUAUUAUGAGCUGAUCAGGAAACCCGUGGAUUUCAAGAAGAUCAAGGAACGUGUCAGAAGCCACAAAUACAGGAACGUGGGGGACCUGGAGAAGGACGUGAUGCUGCUCUGUCAAAACGCACAGACCUUCAACCUGGAGGGCUCUCAGAUAUACGAGGACUCCAUCGUCCUCCAGUCGGUGUUCAAGAGCGCCAGACAGAAGAUUGCCAAGGAAGAAGAGAGUGAGGAUGACAGCGAGGAGGACGAUGAUGAUGACUACGAGUCAGAGGCUGAGGCCAAGUCGGUGCGGGUGAAGAUCAAGCUGGGCAGAGAGUCGCGCGGUCACGACAAAGGAAAGAAGAGGCAGAGCCGGGGGAAGGCCAAGCCGGUGGUCAGCGACGACGACAGUGACGACGACGACGACCAGGAUGAUAACGAUCAGUCGGACAAGAGCAAGAGUGACGACGAGUGACAGCGAGUGGCGGCGAGAACAAAGAUGAAGAUAUUGUUUACUGCACUUACAAAAGGACGAUAUCUUCUGUUGCUGUUCAGGUCCAUUUUCUGUUUUUGCAUUUCUUCUUCUUCAUCAGCGUCUCUGGGUCGUCUCUCCCGCCGGCUCUGAGACGAGUGAUGACUGAUGAACACAUAGCAAUACCAAUCAGCUUAUAUUCCUGUAUUAAGGACAGUUUUCUAGUAUAUUUUUUAAAUAUGUGCUUGAACGAGGCACAAAAAAAAAGCUCUUUUUUAAAACCCAGCUGUCACGCGCUUUUCUGGGCGUGGUCCUGCUUUCUUGGACCCUCCAACAAAUCUGACUGAAAGUUCCCGACAAUAACAGAAGAGCACUGAAGGUAAAUUUGAGGCAAUCAGCUUUUUAAUCUUAGAUUUUAUUAUUUAACGUUGUGUCGUGCCAAAUGAAAAAAGAAAAAUACCCCUAAAAAAAGGUUUAACCCCUCGUGUGACCUUCAGCCGGCGGGUCACUGCUGCUUCCUUGGUUUUUAAGCGGCCAGGUGAAGAUCCAGCAUGCAUUGCUUCAGAUAAUCAUUUCUUCUCUGCAGCUGCGAUGCCCGUUUCUACGUAGCAGAACCACUUCUGGCCACCAGGGGGCAGCACAUCCCAAGAGCCUUCACGAGGCGGGACCGGGCGCCCCGUGUGGUCAGAAGUGGAACCGCCCCCUGCUGUGUUAGCAGGCCGAGGAACCGCGAGGCGCCGCUCCUCCUGUAGUCCCGUCAGCUCGCUGGGAUCUGUAAGAGACCCGAUCUGGGGAGAGUUGGAGCGUUGCUGCUCGGGAAGAAGCACGGCCAUGAAAUUCCCAGUUCUUAGCUCCAGAUAUGAAAUAUCUGCCAGACUCUGCCGGGUCCAGUUCACCAGCAAUUAUGAACAUGAACAUUUCUGACUUUUGUACGUUUGUCACUAACAAAUGAAUUCUUCAGGCCGAACGCUUGUUUUUAACUUCUUUUAUUACUAAAACUCUUAUCGUACGGUAACCAGGUGACGCCUCGUAUCAUCACGUUUUCUUUCUUCUGAGACUUUGACAAGUUGUUUAUCUGAGAUUUCUUAUAAUAUUUGUUAUUUUAAUAAUCUGUCCUUCAGAGUCUCGUCUCUGACCUUCAGAGCCUCGUCUCUGUCCUUCAGAGCCUCGUCUCUGACCUUCAGAGUCUCGUCUCUGUCCUUCAGAGUCUCGUCUCUGUCCUUCAGAGCCUCGUCUCUGACCUUCAGAGCCUCGUCUCUGUCCUUCAGAGCCUCGUCUCUGACCUUCAGAGUCUCGUCUCUGUCCUUCAGAGUCUCGUCUCUGUCCUUCAGAGCCUCGUCUCUGACCUUCAGAGUCUCGUCUCUGACCUUCAGAGCCUCGUCUCUGUCCUUCAGAGUCUCGUCUCUGUCCUUUAGAGCGCCGUCUCUGAGCUCUCUGUCCAGACAGCAGAGUGGAACCAGCAGCAGUAUUGAGGAAGUAUUGAGGAAGUAUUGAAGACAGUUGGCACAAAGGAAACUGUUCGGAGACUAAGAACCAGAUUACACAGUUUGAUCAACAGUGUAUUGAUUUGUUCAUUUGGAUUCAAGUGUUUGUGUUCAGUGUGAGUUAGUUGGAACCCUCUUUUAAAGGUUUACGUGUUUUUAGCAUGAACUCUUUUAACGACUGUAUACCGUUCACAUGCAAACAUCACUUUUGUUUGUGUAACGUGCUCGCCAACUCCGUAAGUGUGACUUAUCGAAGCUUUCUUUGCACAGUGUCUUUGUGGUUGGAUCUCAUAGCCCAGGGCCAAUAAACAUCACAGGUUU